CUUUCUUUUCUUUUUUCUAUAAUCUUUUUUCUUUGAUUCUAUGUCAAAUACGCCUACAAUUAGCAAUAUGGAUCAUGAAAUGCCAUUCAGAAGAGACAUUCAGGACAGAAAUAGACGCCUUACUUUACCACCUAUAUCUUCUAUGGACAAUGGGUUUGCCAGUAAAUCUUGGCCGCCACCUUCGACAAACUUGACACCUUCACCUGGAAGCACAAGUAGCCUCACUAUGCAAAUGCAACAAAGUAAUAUUCUUUCACCUCCUUUAGCACAAACGAAUGAACAUCCACACAGUUAUCCUAGAGUAGACUAUUUUACAGCAAAUAAUUUAAAUCAUCGCCGCCAAGCGUCUGUAUCUUCAACAGGUUUUAGCAAGGCUAUAAAUAACAGCAUUUCAAAACAAAUAAACACUGCAGAUAGCAUGAACCCCUCGUCCUCAUCAUCAUCAACGACAAAAAUUGAAACCAUCUUGACAUCACUCUCCACUCCUUCUUCUACACGAAGCAUUGAAUACGACAUUGAACAAGUGAUUCGACAAUGCAAUACUUUAUCAGAUAGCAUGAACGACAAAAAGCGACAUAUUAUUGAAAGUAACCCAGCAUUAAUACGACCAUGGCUUGACGAUAUGAUUGGAAGAGCCAAUGAAGUUUUAAACGCAUUAUUAAGGUUAAGGAAACAUCAACUAGCAGCUGAACAUCAUCAUAGACGUAGCCUAGAUGGCCAGGAAACUGAAUCCUGGGAUAAUAAUCCACUGACAUCCAAUAAUGUUUUAUCAUUGAACUCGGGAAAGCUUCGAAAAAGAGGGAAACGACCUGUAUUUCAAGGUCGAUGUCAUUCUUGUAAUAUUUCAGAAACACCAGAAUGGAGAAGAGGGCCUGAUGGAGCACGUACACUUUGCAAUGCUUGUGGUUUACGUAAGUAGAAUUAAAUGCUUACCAUCUAACUCACCUCGUAUCUAGAUUAUGCUAAACUGGCAAAGAAGAAAACCAAGCAAACAGAUACUAAAGAACAAGAUGACACGAGUAUGAAGUAACUUUACAAAAAUAGCUAUAUCUUUGAUAGUAAAUUAUAGCUUUUAUUUUACAACGACAUUGUAACACUAUUUAUUA